AUGGAAAAUAUUCACAGUACACGCUUGAAAGAAAAGAUCCUCUCCCGCAUCCCAGAGCUGCACGAGAGUAAAAAAGGAAGAGAUGUUGUACUUACCUUCAAAGAUGAAGUAGGAUCUGCAAUUUAUAAAGAUUGUAAACAGGAUUUUGAAGAAGAUGGAAUUUGUUUGUCAUCUGCAGCGAAUAUAGUCAGAAAGCAAAUAUUCCAACACAUUCAGGCUACUGAGAAAUUUUCACUAGAAGAGGGAAGCCAAAAUACAUCAGUACCCAGGUCUCUUGUCACGUUAAAAAGUACGAUUAUUGGCGGUUCAAGUAUUUCGGGCAAUGUGUCAAAUGCUGAAAGCAAAAUAGCCCUCAAUAUCUCGCAGCUGAUUCUGUUUAAUGUUGUUAAGCACAAGCGACGCAAAGCGAAUGAAUUGGAUAAACUCAGACACAGUGCAGCUCUCGAAACACCUUUUCCAUUAUUCACCGGAUUGUUAAUUCAUGCAAAGACUCGAAAGAAAGGUUUAUUGAACACUUUUGCGCGCAAGGGUUUAAGUGUCUCUUACAAAAGAGUGCAGGAUGUACAACUCAAUAUUACAAAAUAACUUUGCAAGAAGUACAACGAAGACGGUUUUGUUUGUCCUCCAAGCCUUAAAGAAGAAGUUUUCACAACAGCUGCAGUGGACAAUAUUGACCAUGACCCUUCUUCAACUACCGCAACAAAAUCAUUUCAUGGCACCAGCAUCUCCAUUUUUCAGCAUGUUGAAAAAGCGUUGGAACCGAAUCAAAUCGAUCUUAGUGUUGACUUUGAAGAUUCAUCUACAAAAAUAGAGCUUCCAGAAUCGUAUACAAAUCUGUCGCCAACGAAAUCGAAAGCAGCAGAAUAUCCACUGCAGACAGUAAAUCGUGAAAAUUCGUCUUAUCUUCAACCUAUGGAUGAAAUGGAUGAUUGGUUAGAACACCUGAUGCAAAUGAAUGGUAAGGACGAUGACAUUAAAAAUCGGUUUUCUUGGUCAGGCUUUCACUCAAAGAAGUCCGCAAUUCGUGCAAUCAAAACUACUUCAACUUUGCUGCCCCUACUUAAUGAAAGUGUUAACUCCACGGCAAUGUUACGACACACUAUCGGAGUGGUAAAACAAAUUUUGUUAAAGAUUAAUCCUCAACAGCCAAUUGUCUUGACGGCAUAUCAACCCGUAUAUGCACUUGGGAAGCAGGUUCAAUGGAUGUACCCUGAAUUUUAUGGAGAAAGUAAUGUAGUGAUGAUGGGAGCUUUUCAUAUAGAGAUGGCCUUCUUGAACACAAUCGGUGACUGGCUUGAAGGUAGUGGUUGGGUGGAGGUGUUAGCAAAGGCUGAAGUGAACACUCCCGGAAGAGCCGAGUCAUUUUUAUCUGGUAAACAAGUUAAACGUUCAAGAUAUGCCCAUCAGAUGUCUUGUUCAGCUCUUUAUCUACUUGUUCAAGACGCCUAUACACGAAGCGAGACCGACCUCUCGUUUGAUACCUGGUUGCUUAAGAGGUCAAAGGAAUCUGUGCAGUUUCAGUACUGAGCAACCGUGACGAAUCUUGAGUUGAUUCUGCUUCUGCUUGUUAAAAGUAACAGAGAAUCUAAUUUUAUAUUGUUUGUUAGUGUCCUGGAGCAAGUUUCGCCAUGGCUGUUCUCUUUAGACCACACUCAUUAUUCAAGGUGGCUUCCAAUCUUCAUACAAGGUAUGAAACAGCUUUCGUGCAAGCACCCAUUAGUCUAUCAAGAAUUUAACAAGGGCCAUUUCACUGUCAAGAAUAGCACCAGGAAAUUCUCAGGCAUAUCAGAAGACCAGGCUCACAAGCAGAACAACAAAUUGGUAAAGAUCGACGGUGGUGCAAUAGGAAUACUCGACAAUCAUACGUCAAUGAUGAAAUGGAUUAUCGCGGGUCGAGAGAUUUCUCGCAUCUUGCGAUCAUUUGAAGUCGAGGAGGAUAGAACCGAAGAAGAUGCUCCCCAUCAAGAGGAUACAGAUUCCCAUGAAAAAUGUUUUGGAACAGAUUUAACAUCCUUUAAAAGCACGUUAGAUAAACUUGGAAACCCAUUUGAAAAGGAAAACAUUUUGAUGAAUGUUGUAACCAGGCAAAUCAUGAGUGAAGAAGCCACCACAUCAGUAAAUUCUGCUUACGAUACAGGGAAGAAGCAAUACGAAGACUAUGUUCGGCAAAGGCUUAUCAAAUGCGAAGUUUCGAUUUAUGAUCCCAUUCCAAAGAAUAAGCUGCCCUUAUUUCGUGCAAAGAAUGCGGUAUCAACCUCUAAGGAGAAGUUAAAAAUGGUGUCUCUGAAGAAAGAUUUCAAGUUGUUCGCAUCUCUCUAUGUAGCCUGUCAAGCAAGAAAUGGAGAUCUAGGCGAAUUUUUCCGACACGAAAAUCAUGCUAAUCCACCGUCGUUAUCCGAAUAUGGCAAGCUGCGAAAGGGAAACAAGGCAGACUUCUUGAAAUGCAUAGAAGAUUACGGUGAUACAAAGUUAGAGUGUCCUACAGUAACAGCGAAAAUCGUUGACGGUGCAGCACUUGUUCAAAUGUUACCUCCUGGAUCUGCAAAAAAAUUUGGUCAAUAUGCUCAAACCUUUGCAGAAUUGAUUGCCAAAGAUUCGAAAAGGGAAAUUUGAACCGCGUUGACGUAGUCUUUGAUCGGUACUUUCCAGAGAGCCUUAAAACAGAUACUCGUGAGAAAAGAGGCCACGGUACGCGAAUCUCCGUUAAAGAAACCACACCCAUUUGCAAAAACUGGCGACAAUUUCUACGUGCAAGUGGGAACAAGAAAGAGCUGUUUUCACUCCUUGCGAAACAGCUUGAGUUAAGCGGCGAUCGAGAGAAAGUUAUUGUAGCAACCUCUGGUGAAGGUGUAAAAUGCAGUUCCCCAAUGGAAACAGAAUCGCUUUGUCCGUCCAAUCACGAAGAAGCGGAUACUCGGAUAUUCCUUCACGCAAAGCAUGCUACAGCGUCAGGACACCGACUGAUCACUAUUCGUACUGUUGAUACGGACGUUGUCGUGAUAGCAAUUCAUGUGUUCAGAAGGUUAAGCAUUGAAGAGCUAUGGAUAGAAUUUGGAACGGGAAGACACAAGCGUUGGCUUCCGGUCCAUGAGUAUGUUGCCAAUCUUGGGGAAGAUACGUGUGCUGCACUUCCAUUCUGGUACGCAUUUACUGGAUGCGAUACAGUGUCGUCAUUUUGUGGUCGAGGAAAGAAGAUUUGUUGGAAUGCUUGGAAAGCAUACAGCGAUGUGACGGAUACAUUUAAAAGGUAAUUCUUAAUGAAAAGGUCUAAAAGAAUAAACAUGUUAUCAUUGAUCAUAUAACUUAACUUAAUUCCGUCUCGUUUCAGAUUAUCUGACAGAAACACCAGGCAAAUAACGGAGGAAGAUUUCCAGUCUCUUGGUUUAAGCUUUGAUACCUUUAAAAGCCCAAUCAUUACAACCUUGUUAUAUCGACGAAUGAGUUGCCGGAAGACAAGCUGACAGGCAACCAUAAUUAAAAAUCUGAAAAGGAAAUUUUCAUUUUAAAUAUCUUUGUUUUAGCAUAAUUUGGGGACAAUCUCUUGAACGAUGGCAGAAUAUUCCUGACGUGAAUCAGUUUGGAUGUAUACGGAACAACGAUGCAAUAUUGCCGAAGUGGUCGCUACUGCCAGAGGCAUCCAAAGCUUGUCAUGAACUUGUUAAAUGUGGGUGUAAGCGAAAAUGCGAAAGCAGAUGCAAAUGCAAGCAACACCAUCUUCAAUGCACAGACCUUUGCCAAUGUGGAGGGGAGUGUAGGUAA